UUAGAGGGUUUAGCGGUUAAAUUUGCUUCUGGUGAAAUACAUUACAUUACAUUUAAAGUAUAAAAAGAAAUAAGUUGAAAGAUGGAUAUCGAAUUGCCCUAUAUGGUAGAAUAUGCCAAAAGUGGUCGAGCGUCUUGUAAAGGAUGCAAAACUCCUAUUGCAAAGGAUACCAUACGGAUUGCUGUGAUGGUUCAAAGUCCUUUUCAUGACGGAAAAACGCCGAAUUGGUUUCACAAGGAUUGUUUUUUUAAGAAACAAAAACCUGCCUCUGCAGGGGAUAUUAAGAACUUUGAGAAUUUGAGAUUCGCAGACCAAACUGAAAUUUCAGAACAGAUUGCUAAUGUAACAGUAACCGUAUCUGGCAAAUCAGGCAAACGUUCAAAGUCCGAACAGGACGCACUUAAAGAUUUUGGUAUUGAAUACUCGAAAUCAGGUCGAGCCGGAUGUCGUGGUUGCGAUCUAAAAAUAAGCAAGGAUGAAAUUAGAGUGUUUAAGACCGUUUAUGACACUGAAGUUGGAAUGAAAUACGGUGGGCAAAAAAUAUGGCAUCACUUGGAAUGCUUUGCUCAAAUAAGAUCCGAAGUUGGGUGGUUUGAUAGUGGGGAAAAUCUCCCCGGAUAUAAGUCGCUGAAAAAGGAGGAUAAGGAGCAAGUCUUGAAGUUGCUACCGGUGAUUAAAUCCGAAGACACGCCUGACGCAAAGAAACCAAAGCUGGAACCAAAUAUUGAAGCCGAAGAAAAGGAAAAGAUUAAAAAGCUAAAAAAACAAAACGAUGUUCUUUUUAAAUAUCGUGAUCAUAUAAAAAAUGAAAUGAAAAAAGCUGAUAUUGAAAUAUUACUAAAAUAUAAUAAACAGGAACCUGUAGUUGGCGAAUCGGAAAAGCUGUUAGAUCAAGCAGCAGACCUGUUGGCAUUUGGCGCUAUAAAACCCUGCCCUGAGUGCAAGAGUACGCAAUUCAUUUUCAACAAAUCCGGAUAUCUUUGUAAUGGCAAUAUAUCCGAAUGGACCAAAUGCACGCAGCUGUUAACUGAACCCAAACGUACAGCAUGUAAAAUCCCAGAUGAAUUGAAGUCCGAGUUUAAUUUUUUGAGCUCCUACAAAAGAAAACCCGAAACCCGUAUUAUUCAGUAUAUUGCUCCAAGUGCAGCAACUAUUGCUAAAGACAUUGCCAUAAAGAAAAAUCCAGAAGAACUUGAUGGUCCUAAAGUUAAACGAGAACGACCACCGUUGUACAACUUCAAAUUCUCUGUUGUCGGUUUGAAGGAAGAGGAGGCGGAAAUAAAAAAGCGAAUUGGAAGGUUGGGCGGAAAAUGUGAUAGUAAAAUCUCAGAUGGAACAAUUGCCAUAAUUUCAACAGAAGAAGAAGUGAAAAAGUUAAGUUCUCGAAUAAAGAAAGCGAAAGAGCUCGGCAUACACGUAGUUCCUAUGAAGUACCUUGAUAUUGUUGAAUCUGAUAGUAGUGGUGCCCUCAACAUGAUAUGUAGUAUGACUCUUUGUGACUGGGGAACUGACCCAUCGACCCGCUUGCCUCAGGAAGAAACAAAGAGCUCAAAGUCGAAGAGUAUUUACACAAAAUCGGUACCAAAGUCGGUUACUCUUAAAGUAAAGAAUGGACUUGCUGUUGAUCCUGACAGUGGUCUGGAAGAUAUUGCUCAUGUUUACGUCAAAGGCGACGAUAAAUAUAACGUUGUACUUGGCUUAACAGACAUACAACGAAACAAGAAUUCUUAUUACAAACUACAAAUGUUGGAGGCCGAUAAAAAAAAUAAAUAUUGGAUCUUUCGGUCUUGGGGCCGUAUCGGCACAACUAUUGGCAACACAAAAGUAGAGGAUUUUCAAUCAGUAAUCGAUGCUAUUCAAUGUUUUCAUACUGUAUAUUCGGAUAAGACAGGUAAUGAGUUUAGGAACAGGAAUAAUUUUGUUAAAAUACCAGGUCGAAUGUAUCCGAUCGAUAUUCAAUAUGAUGAGGAUAACGAAUUAAAUGAUUCCAAGUGUGAAAAUAUUGCGUCUAAGCUGGAUCCUUCAGUUCAAAAAUUAAUAAAGCUUAUAUUCGAUGUCGACUCUAUGAAGAAAACAAUGAUGGAAUUUCACAUAGAUAUGGAAAAAAUGCCUUUGGGCAAACUAAGCCUGAAGCAAAUUCAGUCAGCGUAUAGUGUUGUAAAUGAAAUUUAUGAAUUGAUUGAGAAAGGCGGCACCAAUGCUAGAUUUAUUGAUGCCACUAAUCGGUUCUACACAUUAAUUCCUCACAGUUUUGGUGUCAAUGCGCCACCUUUGAUUGAAACUCUAGAACAGGUGGAGAAUCUAAGGCAAAUGUUGGAUUCGUUGUCUGAGAUUGAAGUUGCUUACAAUUUAAUAAAAAGCGAGGAUAAAUUGGAGGAUAUUAAUCCACUGGAUAAGCAUUACGAGCAAUUGAAAACGACCCUGGAACCGAUUGAUAAAAAGAGCGAAGAGUUUAAGAUGCUAAAGAAGUACGUGCAGAAUACGCAUGCAUCUACACAUAGUUCAUACGAACUAGAAAUAAUUGAUGUGUUUAAGGUUGCCCGUCAAGGUGAAGCUCGACGGUAUAAGCCAUUCAAAAAGCUACAUAAUCGAAAAUUGCUUUGGCACGGUUCCCGGCUGACGAACUUUGUUGGUAUUUUAUCGCAUGGCUUGAAAAUUGCUCCGCCCGAAGCCCCACCAACUGGCUAUAUGUUUGGCAAGGGUAUUUAUUUCGCAGAUAUGGUGUCCAAGUCGGCAAAUUAUUGUUGCACCAGUCAACAAAACUCUACUGGUCUUAUGAUGCUGUCUGAAGUGGCCUUGGGAGACAUGAUGGAAUGCACGGCUGCCAAAUAUGUAACUCAAUUGCCAAAAGGCAAGCAUAGCUGUUUUGGCCACGGUCGCACGAUGCCCGAUCCAAAAGAGUCCCAUAUUCGAGAGGAUGGAGUUGAAAUACCUUUGGGAAAGCCUAUCACUGAUGAGAAGCUAAAGUCUUCGUUGUUGUAUAACGAGUUUAUUGUGUACGAUAUUGCACAGGUUAAUGUACAAUAUUUAUUCCGCAUGGAAUUCAAAUAUAAAUAUUAAUCAAAGGUGUUUGCUUAAAUCAGUAACAUUUAUUUUGCAAACUAAUAUUUUUUGCUACAUAAAUUAACUAUUAUUUAAACUAAUACGUGUAUUUUGUAUACGACGUCCAACCCAUAUUUAUGUUGUAU